AUGGUUUUUGCAGGGAGGAUACUUACAGACCCUACAUCUGACAUCAGAAAAGAGUACAUGAAAACAGGAGGAUGUAAUGUGGUGGCAGUAGACUGGGGCAGACUAGCACUACUGCCAUGCUACCCUACUGCUGCUCUCAACACUCUAGAGGUGGGCCGUUGUCUGGCUGAGUUGCUGAUGCAGAUGUCCCCUCUUCAUUCUCCAGAUACAAUUCAUAUCAUCGGCUUCAGCCUGGGUGCUCACAUUGCAGCUUAUACAAGCAAUUAUCUCCACACUCUCUCGGGUCGAAGAGUUGGACGUAUCACAGGUUUGGAUCCAGCGCUACCUUUUUUUGCGACUCUGAAAGACUCUUGGAAAUUGGAUAAAGAAGAUGCAGAUUUUGUUGAUGUAAUUCACACCAAUGUUGGAAUAUUUGGCAAGAUUGAACCUACAGGACAUAUUGACUUCUACACCAAUGAUGGCACUAACCAACCAGGAUGCACAGAACAUAAAAAUCCUCCACUAUGCAGCCACAUGCUAGCCAAUACUUACUUUGCUGAGUCCAUCACCUCCAAGACAGGAUUCUGGGGUACUUCUUGUCCUAAUUACUUCCAGUACGCUUUGGGCUGGUGUCCGCUUAUCUCCAGGUCUGACCCUGCUGCUGGCUCUAGGAUCCUUAUGGGAGAGAAUGUCUUGUUUGGGGCACGAGGAGUAUACAUUGUCAAAACAGGACUUAGUUCUCCUUAUGCACUUGGAUAAAUAUAUUAUACAUUUUUCAAUAUUUAAAAAACAUGCCAUAUCAGUCAAUAUAAAUUUCUUCUGUGACAUAAAAUGCAAUAAAGUACAUUUUUAUAGACUAGUUA